UAAUAUUUUUAAUUUAUUGGUAUUUCUUCGAUUAAUUCCUAUCUAGAUCUAGUUUUACAUUUCUUAAUAUGAAGAGAAGUUGUAGACUUGUGGUGUAGACAUUCAUGUACCAUCACAACAAAUCAUGUAUCGUAAUUUACCGUGAUAAAAUGUAAUGCACACUGCAAUAAAAAUUCGGAUAUUCUUUCAGCGAAGGUUAUAUUCUUGGUUUAGCGCAGUGCAUCUUUAAAACCAUGUUUAUCUCCCAUGAAAAAAGUCCAAGCAAAAUGAAAUUUCAAAAACCAAACAUACUCAGAAGAAGAGUGAAAGUGGCUGCAAAAUCAUCACUAUUGUCUGCCACUACUGAUAUGGCAGUAGUGAACCAGCCCCAGAUUGCUACUAAAUUGCCUGACUGGAGUGCGGCAAAUUUCUCGAAGCACAAAUGCAGUAAACCUGCUCACUUUAUGAAGAAACCAGUUAUGCAGCGGAUCAAGCUAGACAGCUAUGUCUCAGAAGACAAUAAAAUCAAAAUGCAAGAGAUAGAUGACAAAACCAGCAAUGCUCGAAAUGAUAAUGUGAUAUUAAAUAAUAAUCAAGAAAUUGGAGGACUCACAAGGCAGAUGCAUACUGAUUUCAAGUUAGAGAAUUGCAUGUUUGACAUUGGUGAAAAAACAUUGGAAGAUUUUCAACAUGGCCAAAUAUCAUAUGGGAAUGCUGAAAUAAAUUGGGGUUUAGCAUCUGUAGAUAAUGAAAAACCUAACCCUUUGGUGCAAUAUGUUGAAACUGAACAAUGCAAUGGCAGUGACUAUUCAAAUGCAGAGGGUUGUGUCGUAACUUCUAAUUUACAAUUGGACAUAAAUUCAGUAGUAGUAACAUACUUGUGUGACCAUGCUGACUGCAACAAGGAGUUUGCAACUGAAGCCAAGCUGAAGAAGCACAAGACUACUCACACAAAUGCAACGUUUCUGAACAAAGUGUUGAAACAAUCAAUUGAGUGCCCGGCGGGCCGAGGCGGGGGAGGGCCAGAGAGUGCCUGCGACAAAGUGUUCACCGUGAGGGCUGACAUGCUGCAACAUCUCAAAGAUGAACACACUCUAGAAGAUGCUUUGUACAGUUGCCCAUCCUGCUCACGCCGCUUCUUCUGGUCCGGGGGCCUGCGUUCCCACGCUCGGGCGUGCGAGGGCGGGCGCGCGCCGCUGGCCUGCGCGUGGCCCGGCUGCGGCCGCCAGUUCCGCCAGCCCUGCCGCCUGAAGGAGCAUGCUCGCGCGCACACGGGGGAUAAGCCGUACCCGUGCCGGUUUCCUAACUGCGGCUGGUCGUUCCGCAACGCGAGCAAGCUGCACCGUCACGCUCGGCGGCACACGGGCGAGCGGCGCCACCGCUGCGAUCAGUGCGGCCGCGCCUUCCUGCGAGCCGAGCACCUGCGCGAGCACGCCGCGCGCCACGAGCGCCCGCCGCGCCCGCCGCGACCCAGCAAGCACGGGAGGAAGAAGAGGGACACUGUCGUUAUGUUGGAUUCUCAAACGACGGCGGAGGAUACAGACGGAGGAGAUACAGCGGAGGCAGUGUUUUGUCUGCAACUAUCGAAGUCUGAAGACCUCGACGACAGCGCGUGUGAGACAGAGAGGGCGGUCGCGCCCAUCGUCGCGCCUCUCGCUCCCUCCAAGAUAGAGUCCGAUUGGAGUGACGGAGAGGACCCCUUCUUGAUGCGUCCGCCAAGCGCAUCCACUAUCACCCUGGAGCCUCCCAGCGCACUAGAAGCUACUUCACUAGAGGCUAACCCACUUGAAGGCGGCCCACUAGAAGCAUGUGGUUCUCUGGAGGCGGGAGUCUCGCUGGAGGAGUCCGGUUCAUUUGAGGAGGGUGUCUCACUGGAAGCGUGUAAUUCGUUGGAGGAGGCAGUUUCGCUGGAGGCGUGUGGCUCGUUGGAGGAGGCAGUCUCGUUGGAGGCGUGUGGUUCAUUAAGCGCGUGGUGCGAGGGCGAGGGCCGCGCGGCGCGCACCCACUGCACGUGGCCGCUCGCGCCCAGGGAUGAUGCCGUGCUGGUGUUGGAGGGAGAUGUUCAGGUGGAACUGUCGCAAGGCGCGGAGAGGAAGGUGUACACGAUCCGGAGCGACCUCUUCUUGCACGGGAACAUACUGCACAGUGAAGACAGCGAGAGUGGCGUGGCGGUGUCAGCGGCGGCCACAGAGUCAGCGGCGGACGCGGCGGGUGCGGCGGAACAGGGCGCUCCGCUUGAAGACCUCGGCUUGCUGGACGCACACACCACUAUCGACCUUAUGCAGGAGGAGCUAAUGUACACGGAUGUCAACGAGUCUUCUUACCACUUGCUGAGUGACGGCGACAUACAGACGUUCUACACACACGCCGCGCCGCGCCGCUAGAUACUCAACCUUAUUGCAAGUAUGUAUAGAGCACAAAGUCUUAUUAGUGCAACUAUGUUUGUACCUGCUCAGUCAAUUAAACAUGGGAGUUCCAUUUGUAAAAUAAUAACGAAAUUGUGUAAAAAAUGGGUACUAGAGCAAUAUUGACUGAGUAGUACACUGUAUGUUAGCAUGUAGGAUAUACAUAUUUUACUGUUUAUUCUUUGUCUUAGACUAAAGAGGAAAAAGGCAAUAUUGCAUAAAAAAUUGUAAGAUUAUGUUGAAAUAGUAAGAAAUAGCUAUAAAAGUGUCAUCAAUUUUUAAAAUUGACUUUAUGGUUUAGGAAAAUCGGUCUAUGCAAUGUCUUAUUGAUAAAUUAAUAUAAAUA